AUGACUUUGACGCGCAGGUCUAUCACUGAGGUUGCCAAAAAUCCAGGUCAGCUAGACAAGCUCAUCCAUGCGUUCCGCAAAAUCCAGGAGGCCGAUCCUGGCGAGCCAGGAAAUCCCAACCUCAAAUCAUUCUAUGUAAUUGCCGGUCUGCAUGGCCAGCCCUUCCGAGGUGCGGGCUACGCGAACUCAGCAUGGUGGGGCGGGUAUUGCCACCAUGGCAAUGUCCUAUUUCCCACCUGGCAUCGAGCAUACCUUUUUCACUUGGAGAGAGCGCUACAGGCCGUUCCCGGCUGUCAGGAUGUGGCAUUACCAUAUUGGGAUGAGAUGGAGGAUGAGUUGCCCGAAAUUUUCUUGCGUCCAAAAUACAAGUUUACCAAUGAAGCAUACGGAACAGCUCCAAUUGACAAUCCGCUUCAUUCGUACGUACUUCAACAAGGGUUCUUCGAUAAGCUGGCAAGAUACGUGAAGUCCGAAGGGAACGACGAGCCGAAGUUACAGGACUAUGGAAAACACACGGGCUACCGAACCGUCCGUUGUCCGUACUCCGGCCUUGUCGGAAAGGAUGAUCUCAAAGAAACCAUCCAGCAUAACUGGAUGGUGGACGCCAUGGGUAUGGGAUACGCUGACAAGGUAUUGAAUGAGAACGUCAAACGUUGGCUCCACAGUGGUGUCAUACCGGGUCGCGAUCAAUGGGACAGCGGAUACGUGGGUGCGAAAAUGGACUACCAGAGAUCAUUGGAAGCUCCUAAUUACACUGUCUUCUCAAACAUCACGUCAGCUGGCCGGUGGAAUGAUGACAACAUCAGUCACGUCAGUUCUCCCGACUACAGACCGCAAAACCUGAACAAGUAUGUGUCUCCUUUGGAACGCCCGCAUAACUCGAUGCAUCUUGCAGUUGGUGGCCACGACUUUCCUGAUUUGAAGGAAAACGAAGUCCGAUUUAAGGCUGCCAAUGGUGAUAUGGGAGAGAAUGACACGGCAGGUUUUGAUCCAAUCUUCUUUUUCCAUCACUGCUUCGUCGACAAGGUCUUCUGGAGCUGGCAGGAGUAUAAUCGGAAGAAGAUUGAGGUCAUUCCCGAUUAUCCUGGGACAAGUUCAGUGGAUGAGCAGGGCCCAACUCCGAAGAUGGUUGCAGACUCUGCGCUAGAUGAGAACACACCUUUGUAUCCAUUCAAAGAAGACCCGGUAGAAGAUUAUGGACGCUAUUUGACAUCCGUGGUGAGUAAUUUCGAGCGAAAGUCUUUCUCGGUGACACUCCGGACGCUGACGAGAGCUUGCAAUGACCAGGACGUGGCAAGUACUAGACGUUUGGGCUAUAUUAUUAUUAUUAUUUAA